GUGGUUCUCAUUUCAGUUGUCGCAAUGGCUCUAAAGGCAACGCCUAUCCCACAGGAUGCGGAGUCACUUUUGGCUCUCAAACAGAGCUUCGCUUCCUUUCCUCUCCCCGAUUGGCGAGACGGAGAGCUCUCCAACUUCUGUAAUUGGACGGGCGUCACCUGUGACCGCUCCAACCAGAGCGUAAUCGCUCUCAAUCUGCAAAACAAAGCCAUCUUUGGCUCGUUACCACUUAACUUCCCCACCUUUACCCACCUCACUACACUGAAUCUUUCCUCUAAUUCUAUAACCGGUCAUUUUCUGCCUUCGCCUCUUGUUCUGCUCAAGCUUUUCUUUCUCUCCACCACAACAAUCUCACCGGCACACUUCCCUUAUCUCUCUCCAACUGUACCGCGCUCCAAAUCCUCGACCUCUCAGUUAACAGGCUUACAGGCCGCAUACCUUCCAGCCUUUCAAAGCUGUCCAAACUAAAGAAGCUCAUCUUCGAAUAUAACAAUUUCACAGGUCCAAUUCCCGAUUCUCUGUCUAACUGUAGCAAUCUGGUGUCGCUGGAUUUAUGUUUUAACUAUUUCAACGGAACCAUACCCAAUCAGCUUGGCCUUCUCACCAGACUGCAAAAUCUGUGUCUAUCCGUCAACCGUCUCACCGGUGUGUUAUCCGCGACCGCAAUCUCCAAUCUAACUCAACUGCGGAUACUGAAAGUUGGCAUCAACAGUAUGGGCGGCCCGAUUCCUUCUUGGCUCGGCCAAAUGCCCUUCCUGGAACAGCUAUGGAUGGGAGCUAUUCUAUACGAGGGGACCAUUCCUCCUUUUAUCGGGAACAUAUCAUCUCUCACCCUUUUAGCCAUUUACAGCAAUUCCCUCACGGGUAAUAUUCCUAAAUCAUUAGGCCAACUUUCACGCCUGACUGCAUGGAGCUUCUCGGAUAAUUACCUGACAGGCUCUCUUCCAGCUGAGCUGGGGAAUCUUUCAAAUCUACAACUUGGACGGGUAUAUGGAAAUUCAUUAAGCGGUAGCAUUCCGACACAGUUUGGCCGGCUAAAAUCCCUUCAACAAUUUGAAGCGCAGUACAAUAAUUUCAGCGGAAGGAUUCCACCAGAGAUGAGCAACUGUUCGGUGUUGGGGCUUCUGAGGCUGCAGAGCAAUCAGCUAAGCGGCGGCAUACCUUCACAGCUGGGUCGCCUACGCUUCCUAGCAGAACUACAUUUGGAGCAAAAUCUAUUGUCCGGAACGAUUCCGGGAUCCCUUUCAAACUGUACCAAUCUUCAGGAUCUGUCCCUCGGCUACAAUCUGCUGCACGGUAACAUUCCUCCUGCUAUUGCAAGCCUGCGGAAUAUAGUUCAUUCAUUUUCAAUGCCCUGUAAUCUACUCAAUGGAAAAAUUCCGGCAGAAAUAGGGGGUAUGCAAUUUGUUACUGUGGUAGAUCUGGCCGGCAAUCAUUUGAGCGGCGAAAUCCCGGCGACCCUUGGCAAUUGCGUGGAGAUGCUGAAAUUGAAUCUUUCAAACAAUCAAUUGGGUGGUCGAAUUCCGCAAACAUUCGGCACGCUUAUUACUCUUACGAACUUGGAUCUCUCUGUCAACAAUUUAUCUGGUCCCAUACCAAGUUACAUUGGCGACAUGGGAACUCUCCUGCUUCUGAAUCUUUCUUAUAACCAUCUCUCUGGUCCUAUUCCCACCCGUGGUGUCUUCAAAAAUCAGUCAGCCAUCGAUUUAAGUGGGAAUUCUGAUCUGUGCAGUUCAGAAUGCCCGAAAUCAGCAGCUCAAUCGUCCAGCGGUAUCUCCAACCGAUCCAAGUUCCUUAUUAUCGUGGGAUCGUUUGCUUUUGGAGCUCUUGUUCUAACAGCCAUGGUGUACUUGUACGUUCGCAGAAGAAGAAAGAGCAAGGAUGAGUCCGAAGGACAGAGGGAUUUGUUCCUUGUGCGAGAAAUAGUCAAAUUAAAUCACAGCGAGCUUUUCCAUGCGACUUCAGAGUUUAGCAAUACAAAUAUAAUCGGCUCCGGCAGAAUGGCGACGGUGUAUAGCGGGAGGCUAAAUAUAUCCGGCACGGAACAAGCUGUAGCUGUGAAGAGAUUCAAAGACGAAAUCGCCGGCAGUGUCGCAGUGACUGAGAGCCUGAUUGCUGAAAUUCGAGCACUGGCCCUGACUAAACACCGCAACUUAGUUUGUUUGUUGGGGUACUGCUGGGCUCCAAGGGCCAUGGCUUUGGUUAUGGAGAUGAUGCCGAAUCGAACCUUGGCAGAACAUAUUCAAGAAAAGACACUGAGCUGGAGCGUGUGUUUGAGAAUUGCACGUGGCGUGGCUGAGGGAUUGAAGUACCUUCAUCAUGAAUGUCCGCAGCCAGUUUUACACUGCGACUUAAAACCGUCUAACAUCUUGCUGGGCAUGGACUUCGAGCCCGGGAUCGCCGAUUUCGGGAUUUCAAGAAUCCUGAACUAUGAUGACAUGAGUCGCGGAUUUAGCACGUCCAAUUUGCAAGGAUCCAUCGGUUACAUGCCACCAGAGUAUGCAUUAAGUGGGAGAUUGACAGCGAGAGGGGACGUGUACAGCUACGGAGUUGUGAUUUUAGAGAUGAUAUCAGGCAAGAAUCCAACAUCGGAGAUGUUCAGGGAGGAAAACACGCUUCCAGAGUGGGCACUGAGGACGUCCGUGGAUGGCACACCAUUUGAAGUGAUCGCUACUCACUUUCAUAUAGUUGAAGGCGCGGCAGAAGAGAGAGAGAGAAAUGGCUAGUAUGGUGCAGCUGGGAUUGGCUUGCACUUCGACCAGACCUGAAAAUCGCCCGACAAUGAAUGAGGUCGUUAAAAUUCUGGAGAGAAUUUAGAUUUUAUAGAUUUACAUUUCUUUAAAUUGCAAUUUACCUAUUUGAAUGUUAUUUAAAUUGUUGUGUGAACUUGUGAAUUUGAG